AUGGCGAGCUACACGUUUCAGUGGCCGUACAAUGCGAAAGAGGUGUUUGUCACAGGAACAUUCGAUGACUGGGGCAGGACAGUCCAGUUGGACCAGAAGGGCGACGUUUUCGAGAAGGAAGUCCACAUUCCGGUGACAGGCGACAAAGUGCACUACAAGUUUGUCGUUGACGGCAUCUGGACCACUGAUAACCGAUUACCUGAGGAGGACGACGGCAGCAGCAACGUUAACAACGUCCUCUAUCCCGACCAGCUUCAAACAGACUCCGUUUCAGCCCUACAUAGCGGUGACCCCCAAGACAUGGCUGCUCUCUCUGGCGUUACCCCAACCUCCACAACUGCCGGCUUAGCCGGUGGUGUCUCCAAGGAAUCCGGAAGGCUUCCUGGAUCGACGACAGCGGGGCUAGACAAGGACGUUCCUCUUGAGCAAGGGGGUCAUGUCCCCGGAGGAUUUCCCGCGGAGUCUCCUUACUCUGAAUAUUCCGUGAACCCCAUCCCGGCCUCGAGCGGCAUUGGAAACCCGAUCCAUCUCAAUCCAGGAGAGAAAGUCCCCGACUCGAGCACAUUCAAUUCGAAUACGGUACAGUCGACUGCGCGUACAGGCCAAGAGGCAUAUGAGGGAGCUGACAGCUCGCGGCUGGCGGCUCCAUUCUCCGUUCCUCCUGUGUCCAACAACACGAUUCCUGAAUCGAGCCUCCCAAUUGGAGGUGGAGCCAACACUUCUGCAUAUGGCAACGCCGGGCCCACGGUGCAGUCGGCUGCGCCAACAUCCACCACCGCCGGGCUCGCUGGCAAUGUCCCGCUCGAAUCCCAGAGGAGACAAGUCGCCGACAACACAGUCCCAGCAGACGACGUCCCUGGUGUUGUGAAGGAAUCGAUAUCCAAGGCACACCGAGACCCCGAAGCCGCAGCAAACAGAGAGGUCGUCGAGGAGAAGAAGGAACUGGAGGAAGAACUUCACCGGAGAGUUCCCGUCGAGAACUCGAGAGGCACGCCUGCGCCUACUGCCACCGCUGCUACCACAGAUACUGCCCCGAAGGCUUCCGCUGCUGAACCAGGUUCGGCGCAGCUGUCACCGCGGACGACUACCCCCACAGGCACCAAGACCACAGCACCCGGGGAGGAAGCUGCUCAACAGCAGACAACUGGCGCUUCCGAGGGUGCCAAAGAUUCCUCACAGGUCCCUGCGGCUGGAGCUGCAGCCACCGGAGUUGCAGGUGCAGGAGCAGCAGCUGGGGUUGGUGGCGCUACUAGCGGUGUCGGUGGUGCAGGUGGUGCGGGCGGAGCAGCCGGGACCGGAAAGGAAGAGAAGAAGAAGAAGCGAUCGAGUUUCCUGGCUCGACUGAAGGAGAAGUUCAAGUCAUGA